GCGCCCUCUGGAGUUCAACCGCCGACUCCGUUUCAUGUUACUACUGGUGCUGUUUCGUGUCAAGGAACAACAAAAACAUGUUCGAAUGCGACAGGCUAAAAGGUUAACCAGCAACUGCCACCUGCAGUCACCUCAACAAGUCAUCGAUUCGACCGACUGCUAUAUGAUUCCGGUCGAAGACCCAGAAAGAUGCCGCAGAAAGCACUGGGAUCCAUUGUAGGUCUUCUUUGUACCGGGACCUGUCUGGUGCAGGGGAAGGAGUUCUGUUUUGGGGUAAACAAUGAACAGUACCGCUGUGACAUGGGGUACUGCUGCGGAGAGACAGAGUGCUGCACCUACUACUACGAGCUCUGGUGGUUCUGGUUGGUAUGGACCCUGAUCAUCAUGCUUAGCUGCUGCUGUGCCUACAGACACCGGAGGGUUAAGAUGCGUCUUCAGCAGGAGCAACGGCAACGUGAGAUCAGCCUCAUGGCCUACCAGGGAGCCUCCAGCUCCUUCAUUUCCCCUCAACCCCUCAAUCUAAGGUUCUGGAACGACUGCAAGCUCCCUGAUUAUGAAGAGGUGGUAGGUCACCCACCGACACCACCUCCUCCCUACUCUGAAAACCCUCCUGAGACUGCUCCAGCACUCCCUCCACAACUUAGCCAGCCAGACGCCACGGUGCCCCAACCCCUGCCUGAGACAGACCCUAGUGUGAACAGUCAGGCCUCAGGCUCAUCAUCAGACCAGGAAGCCGUGGCUAUGUCGGUCCCAGCACAAUGUCUGGCAGAGGGGAACGCACAGGCUGCGCUGAUGGCGGCGGAAGAGGAGGAUGAGGAGCUCAUGACUCGGCGUCGCCACGUCACCGGCGACUCGGGGAUUGAGGUGUGCGUUUGCCAGCUAGAAGUAGACGAGGGCUCGGGGCUUGAGGAGGAAAGCGACGAGGAGCACCGCAUGUGCAAGGUCAGCGGUCAGGACUGCUGCCCGGGGCAUCGGCAGCAGACUUUUAGACAAAAAGAGCACUCCUCUGAGCUGCCCAGUCAGACCGCGAGCGCGAGCACCAGCACUGGAGACCACAUGGUGUGAUGCACAGUGCAACUAACCAGCGUGGCUUUGUGCUCCACGCAGGGUGAGACAAGAUCUCUGUUGCAUCGUCAUCACCGCAACAGAGACUGUUUGUGUUUUAACUCUUUGAAUUAAUACACAGGCAUGUUGUUGUUGAUGAUGAUGAUGAUGAUGACUAAUCCUUAAUGGCUCCUGAUUCGGAAAAAAGACAUUGUGUGGACACAUAAUAUUGCUUUACUUUAGUGGGGAAACCAACAAACACAUGUCGUUACUCCAUUUGCUGUUUUCUCCUUAGUGCUAAAUGAGACAUCACUGGGUAGUGAGAGGGCAGCCACUGAUUGUGACCGAAACCAGAAUUGACUGUUUCCCUUGCUUCUGCCUUCUCCUUGAGCACUGCUGUUGUGUUUCUGUUUUUACGCCUCGCCACGCUCCUUGAUAAGAAAGUUUCCAGGCAUCCUUCCAUCUGAUAUUUUAACCCUGGUGGGAUGGUCAGCUGGGAGCAUACCACCACGGUCAACAACAUUUCUCCCCUCUCGCCACUAUGACUCUGAGGCAAAAACAAACCUCUUGAAAACUGGACGAAUUAACAAGAGCACACCAAUUGGUUUUCCCCAAAGCUGUGUGUGCUGUGAAAUCUAGGGCACAGCUGCCUGAUGAUGUCAGCUAUGCGGUCAUGGCAACCAGCAUCUGGUGUGAAGUCUGUGGGACCUUUCACAUCUAGAGUGGGGGAGACUAUACACCCACAACACUAGAGCAAAGAGACGAGAAGGAGUUGAGUUUUUUUUGUUUUGUCUAUGUGUUUUAAAUUGUGUACACCCCCAGUCCUUUUUUUUUUUUUCUUCCAUUUUGACACAUAUUGUGGUCGCCACAGCUCUGUGGUCACCAAUUAGCAUGACUGUAGGUAAGGAGCAACCAGCUUUGAAUGAUUUAUUGAUUGUGUGCACCACUUCGGCGUCUGACUGCAUUAUAUUCAUAGAGAUAGCCAAGAGGGCUAUGCCACCAGUUUUGUAAUGAAUGAAAAGCCUUUUGGUGACUUUGUGUUUUAUUAAACAAGUAUAUAGUUUGGAUGGUCACAACGAAGGAUGUGCUUUUUUUUUCAUUUCAUAACCAGCUACACUUCUGUAAAUGCCGCUGGUGUCACCAUUAAUGAAACAAAGCUCCUGGCGGGGGCUGCUAGAGUGUGUACUAAUGAGUGGAUAUUCUAGUGCAGUAGGCAAGGGUUGAGUCUUGUGUGUUUGUAUAUCUGUAUAGCGCUGUAGCAUCUGGUAACACUUGCUCAGCACUGAGUUGGAUUAACUAUUAAAAGCACUGGUAUUUUG